GUUGGGCUUCUGUCGUGGCUCAGUUCUGGCCUGUCUCGCGUUUGAACGAUACGCGGCAAGGUGCUGGGCGCCGACUCGUCUCACAAAUUACGUACCGACACUGUGUGUGCACCAUUUACUAUGUAAUUAGUUGUUCAGUGUACUAAUAGUGUGUGAUUGUCUGUGUUGUGUAAUAUGUACAGUUCUAGACGCCGGGACAAGCGAUGACCUACGAAUUUUGCAGGAGCAAGCGUCCACGCACACGCCUCCAUUCGGUAUGACUUUGUUUGAUCAUCAACAUGGUAUCAGAAUAGAGUUUUAUUCUUCUCUCACGAUGUACUGAUUUCCAGUUAAAAAAAAGUACGAAAAUAGUGUUGUUUCCAGAAAUAAACUGGCAAUGGGAUAUGAUUAUGAAGCCCCGCGUGGGGCAGAGCCUCGUUCAGGCGCUAUGUGGAGUGCAGGGGUUUUCUUUUUCACCCAGAUAGUCGUGUGCCAAUUUACUACUGAAAACCCUUCUUCAUCUACCACGGAGAAAGACCAAACCGUCACAUCAUUCUACGCGCUCAGCACUGACAUAGCGCCAGCGCCUGUCAUGUUAAAACUGGGAAACUCAACUAUUGAUAGCACAAAAUCAUUCAAAGUACCCCAAGCGUCACAGAAGCCAACUGACGUAACCCAACCAGAUGUUAUACCCAAAGUCGAGAUGGUACCACACGUGGUGUCUGUGAAGAAUACAUAUUUCGACCAUGACAGAAAAUAUGGACCAAAUUUUGAAGACACGCCAGAGGGAAAUAUUACUAAGACUACGAUACAAUUAGGCGAGGAUGCCUAUUUGAAUUGCAGAAUAAGUCUCCUUUUGGAUAAAACUGUAUCUUGGGUCCGUCGCAGAGGUAGAGAUGAGAUGCCAGAGCUACUCACGGUGGGUGGCAUUACUUAUGCUGCUGACAACAGGGUGACAGUUGCAAAGCGGUAUCCUGGAAACUGGAGGCUCCUCAUCAGGGAGGUCAAACCUGACGAUGAGGGAGUAUACGAGUGCCAGAUAUCAACACACCCGCCAAGAGUCAGCAGAACUUAUUUGCACGUUAACACACCACAAGUGUGGGUGGUGGACGAGGCAGGUGCGCCCCUCUUGGAGAAAUACUACGAGGCUGAAUCCACACUGGCACUGGUCUGCAGAGCUCGGCACGUGGAAACGCCGGCUUUGCUGACUUGGCUGCAUGAAGGCAGAGCUCUUAAUGCUGACACGACUAGAGGAGGCAUCAGCGUCAAAACAGAACAAGUGGCUGGCGGCGCUGAUAGUCUCCUCCGGCUGGCGCGUGUGAACACAAGUGAUUCAGGGAAUUACACGUGUGCCGUACGCGGCGCUAGGUCGCAUACUGUCUCCGUGCACGUGCUCAACGAAGAAAGCCUUGCUGAGCUCCACGCCGGGACUAGAUCACAUCAGCAGCCAUCACUUUCAACGGUUACAACGUUAUUAAUAGUGUUAAUUAUAACGGAGCGUUCGUCGUUAUUAAAAACUGUGAUUCUCUUCGCAGCCCUAGCUUGUACGUUGACGGCACAAAGCCUAAUUAAGGAUAAUUUUGUGGUAUUGUUACCUACGUGAUAUGAGAGUUUAGAUGUAAAUACGAGUUUGAUUAUAAAAAGAUAAAUUAUAAAUAGUUACUGGGAAAUAAAAUUUCAUUGUAUAUUCAAUUGUUUUAUUUAUUAUUCGUUUUAAUUGCGGCUUAUUUUCAUAACACAUGUUAAAUUAUAUUUUAGCCUUAGAUAAUAUAGUUUAUUCUGUAUAUAUAUAUAUAGUUGCCUGCUAACGACAUGCUUUCCCACUGUAUUGGGUUAGCUGGAAGAGAUUACAGUCAGGGAUAAAUCCACCCUUGCUCAUAAUAUUUA